ACGUCAACAAGUUGGCGGAAGGCCAGGCGCACUGCGACGUCCGCAGCGUCGAAGUGAGUCCUGACCACAAGUUCCUCGCGUACUCGGUGGACUUUCAGUCGUAUGAAACGUACGACAUUUACGUCAAGGAUUUGACCACGAACGGUGUCACUAAAGUUGUGACAGGGUGCGACGGCGGGUUUGAAUGGGGCCAUGACGCAUCCACGUUGUUCUAUGUCACGCAAGACGACGCCCACCGCAGCCACAAGGUGUGGUCGCAUGCGUUAAGUGACACAUCAGGCCAGUCAAGUGACACGUGUCUCUUCACCGAAGCCGACGAAAUGUUUCGCUGCGGCGUCUACAAAACCCGGUCUGACCGGUUCCUAGCGAUUGCCACGUCAUCGUCCGUGACCAGCGAGGUGCACGUGCUGGACCUGCACCAGCCCCCCGCUGCCGACGGUUUCAUAUGUGUCGCCCCCAGGCAAGAGGGAGUCUUGUACGACGUGAACCACUGGCACGACUCGUUUUUGAUUUCGACCAACCGCGACGACGCACGCAACUUCAAAUUGGUGUCGGUGCCGGUGGAUGUCGUGUUUGAUAAACAAGCUACGGCAGAAUGGACCCCGGUGUUCCCGUACGACCCGAGCGUGAAAGUGGACGGCGUGUCCUGCUUCGACUCGUACUUUGCGCUAUUUGGCCGCCAGCAUGGGCUUACGCAGCUGUGGAUCUGCUCCUACGACACGGACGGCAAGACCGUUGUGAAGAAGCAACUGGACAUGCCUGAGGAUAUGUAUACUCUGGGUGGGUCUGUCAACAUGGAGUACAACAGCGUCGUCCACCGCUUCACGUAUUCGUCUAUGACGACGCCGGUGCAAACGGUCGAAUAUGACACUGUGACCCACACCACGACCAUCUUGAAGGAGACGCCCGUGCCCAACUACGAUCGGUCGUUGUACCAAUGCGAACGCGUCGACGCCACCGCGAGUGACGGCACGAUCAUUCCGAUAUCGCUGGUGUACCGAAAGGAUAAAAAGAAACCGGAUGGCCAGCCGCAAGCUCUGCAUUUGUAUGGAUAUGGGUCGUACGAAAUCCCCAUUGAUCCGGACUUUCGCAUUUCCAACCUGCCCUUGUUGGACCGCGGCGUCGUGUAUGCGAUCGCGCAUAUCCGUGGCGGUGGUGAAAACGGACGCACGUGGUAUGAAUCGGCAAAGUAUCUGACCAAGAUGACAACAUUUACCGACUUUAUUGCGUGCGCCGAGCACUUGGUGGCCACCAAGGUCACGUCCCCCAGCCACAUGACGUGCGAAGGCCGCAGCGCUGGCGGGUUGCUCAUGGGAGCGGUGUUGAACCUGCGUCCGGACUUGUUUACGGCGGCGGUGGCGGGAGUGCCGUUUGUGGACGUGAUGAACAGCAUGUGCGACGCCACGAUUCCGCUCACGACCGGCGAGUGGGCCGAGUGGGGCAACCCGAACGAACUCGAGUACUUUUCGUACAUGUUGCAGUAUUCACCCUACGAAAAUGUCAAGGCCCAAGCGUACCCCAACCUGCUCGUGACCGGUGGCCUCUUUGAUCCCCGCGUGGCGUAUUGGGAACCCACGAAAUGGGUGGCGAAGUUGCGUGACUUGAAGACCGACAACAACCAGGUGCUGCUCAAGAUGGAUCUGGACGCUGGGCACUUCAGUGCGAGCGAUCGAUACCAUUACCUCAAGGAGAAGGCGGUGGACCUCAGCUUCAUCUUGGACCAGCUCAAGUGCCUCGAAAAGUAG